AUGAUAUGUGCUGAUUUGGAAAAUGGAAAAUAUAAAUGGAUUGAAGUGAUGACAGAAAGUGGAAUUCCUACAAUCGGCAGCAGUUGCCGAGAAUUAAAAGAAUCAAUAUAUUCUAUUUUUCUACAAGAUGGACUCUACAACUUAACAGACAGCAAGAAGCGCUUUGUGACGGUUUACUGUGAUAUGACGACAGACGGUGGCGGAUGGUUAUUGAUUGGCAAAGCAUUUCAGCCGAACAUGCGAAAUGUACGUCCGACAAGCAAGCCACUAACUUUGACAAGCGAGCAAGGAUGGUCAAAUAUAUUUCCAUCCAUCAUUGUCAACGAUUUUCGCGUGCAAUUUUCCACUUCGCGUGCGAUGGAAGAUACGAAAGCAAAUUGGUACUAUCAUUUCGCUCGUCCUCGACCUCUUGCUCAACUUUUCACAUUUGGAUAUAGAAAUGGAUGCGGUAAAGAUGGAAUCACAGAUAUUGAGUAUACAGUUGACAUCCGCGGUGGUACAAGAAACAACUAUCAUAGAUGUUCAGCAUUUCAAGAUACGUCGGGGAAUUCCUUCAAAGCAAUCAACAAUUGUUUUAAUUCAACUAGUUGUUCUAUUUCAAGCAACGACGGCUCAUUUAGUUUCCAUGGACAGAAUGCAUUAUCUGGACAUAACACGUAUUCGACUGCUUUCUUUGGAUGUGAUGAUAACCACUGUUGUGCAUGCUGGGGUCCAGCUGGAGGACAAAAAACUUACUGCUACGAUAACUGUCAAGCAGCAAACGAUGGUCGCAGGCAAAGUUCCGGAUAUGCAUGGUUCUAUGUACGCUAA